AUGGACGUUACCAACUCCCAGUCCUGGUCACCGGCCAUUCUGAAUUAUGUCAAAGAGUUCGCUGCCGACUUUUCUCAGGUGGACAACAUUGAGGGCAAAAGUAUUGAAAGUGAUGAUCAAGCAUCCCGUCGUCUACUCCAAUAUCUUGGCUCCGAUGAGGCUGAUGCUAUGGCACCUGUCGCUCUGGAUGCCUCCCACCCCAUCUCGGACUAUUUCAUUUCAAGCAGUCACAACACCUAUCUGUGGGGCAACCAACUCUAUGGUAAGGCUAGUACAAAGGCUUAUCAGAAAGUCCUUGAAAGAGGCUGCCGCUGCGUCGAAAUUGAUGUCUGGGAUGGAGAUGACUCCGACUCUGACACUUCGGACUCGUCUGCCGACAGCGACAGCGAUGCUGAGAAUGAAGGCGAAAUCAAGAAACUGAGCAGACGUUUCAAGAAAAAAAUGGGUCUCUCCAGAUCCAAGCCCGAGACCAAACCUACAGAUAAACCAGCAUCUGCUUCCAGUCCAUCUGAGCAUGAAGGUGUGGGAUCAGCAGACCUUCGCAGGACUGUCUCCAAGACUGAGCCACGCGUUCUUCAUGGAUACACAGCAACCAAAGAGAUAUCUUUCAGAGCCGUCUGCGCCACUAUUCGAGACUACGCUUUUGCCACAAGCCUUGAAGUGCAUACUUGUCCCGCUCAGCAACAAAUCAUGGUUGAUAUCAUAAGAGAUUUGUGGGCACCAUAUCUGGUCGAUCUUAAUGCAGUGACUGGCCAUGAAAUAUCUCUGCCAACUCUAGAAUCCCUGCGCAAGAAGAUACUCAUUAAAGUUAAGUACACCGCUCCCGAGGUUGCUGCACAAAACCCAGGGCCAGCUGUUGUGUCAAGCAAUGCGGACCCCGAGUCGGGUUCAGAGGGCGAGGGCGAGUCUCGCGAGGUUCAGGAAGCACCUGUCAAGAAGAGUCACAUUAUCACAGCGCUCGCUUCCAUGGGCGUUUACACCCGCGGUUGCCACUUCAAAGAUUUCGAUCAACCGGAAGCCAAGCUUCCGAAUCACAUAUUCUCUUUGUCCGAGUCAAAGAUCAUCGAAGUACACAAGCUUGUCGCUCUCAACUGGCAAUACAUCAAUGCAGCGACCAUGCUCAACCAAGCGAUGUUUCACGCGACGGGCGGCUGGGUGCUCAAGCCUGAAGGCUACCGGAGUUUCCAUAGAGCUCAAUCUCAGAUCUCGGCACUCGACAGAGGCAAACUUGACUUAACCAUUGAGUUGCUGGCUGGGCAGGAUAUUGGCCCGGCCGACAAGAAACUCCGUCUCUAUGUCCGCUCUGAGUUGCACAUUGAGGAUAUGGAAGAGCUCAACGGCGGAUCUCUGCCGGAGGGAGGAUCUACUAAGGAGGGACAAAUCAAGGCGGUUACUGAACUCGGAACCGCUGGCAGGUCGCCAGAUUUCAGGCGCCAACUGCUCCAGUUCAGGGUUGAUGGUGUUGCCGAAGAGCUGACCUUCGUGAGGUUCAAAGUCAUGGACGACGACACUUUCAGCCGUGAUAACCUAGUGGCAUGGGCGUGCUUUAAACUUUCCAGGUUACAGACAGGUAUCAGAAAGAUUCGUCUGUAUGACUGCGAAGGUCAGCAGACCAACGGAAUGCUGCUUGUGCGCAUAAGCAAGAGACUCGAGAUUGAGUAA